CCUCCUGUAGCCUGAGCUCAUCUUGCAAACCAUUUGCUUCUCAAAUCUUUGCUUCUUGGGAAAGGAAAGAGAAAGAGAAAGAGAAUAUGCUGACACACAAGCACAUACAUCAUCUAAUUAUUAUAUUAAAAACAAUAAAAAAUAGUGAAGCUAUAAAACUGAUUUUCGAUCGGAAGAAAGGUAUUAAUUAGAUCAGAAUUUAGAUAGAUGGAUGUGAAUUAUCUGAUGACUCGCGCUCGGGCCCGGGCCCGGGCUCAGGCCCGAGCUGCUGCCGGAGCAAUAGACUCUGCUUAUUCGCGGACUCUUGGAGCUGCCGCCGGGGAAAUAGACGACGGUGAUUGGCGGAUUCAGCUUUCACCCGAUGCUCGUCAAAGGAUUGUCAACAAGAUAAUGGAGACCUUAAUGAGGCAUCUUCCUACGUCUGGGCAAGAAGGAGUACGGGAGCUUAAGAAAAUUGCAGUGAGGUUUGAGGAGAAGAUCUAUACUGCUGCAGCAAGUCGCCAAGAUUAUCUGCGGACAAUAGCUAUAAAGAUGCUGACCAUGGAGACAAAAUCUCAAAAUCCAAAUGCCCAUGGCCCAGAGAUGACGACAGAAGCUGCUUCCUAUGAAACUAUUUCUGGGCCGGAGGAGAGUGACGAGGAAGAGGACGAUGGGGACGUGUCAAAGGAGGAUGGUUUAGAGGAGGUGGUGGUGACGGAGGAGCAAAAAACUAUUGUUGGACACAAAGAGAAUGUUAAAGCUGGGGAAAAUGAGAUCUCUUGCGGGUUGAAUUCUGGUGCUAAACUUGAUGAGCGGUUAGUGCAAGUUGAGGAACGAUUAAAGAAGAUGGAGGCUCAUUCAGAAAAGGUGGAGACAUUGUUGGUUGAUAUUAACAAAAAAUUGAAUUAUUUAGUGAAGAUGCAGGAUGUUAACAUUUCUAGGGACAUUAAACAUCCAACUAAGUGCAUGAGCUCCUCUUGGACUGGUAAUGGCCAACUAAAGAGGAAACAUAGAGUUGCUGAGAUGAUAAGGCGAUCUUGCAAGCAUCGACGAUUGGGAAGAGGUGCAAUAGUGAAGUAGUUUUUUUCCAGUUGCUUUGCGUGAUGAUUGUGUCGAAAAUCACCUCUAAUGGAAGUUAGAUGAUGAAGAACAAAAAAAUCGAUGAUAAUCACUUGUGUUUUCCUUUCUAGACUUUCACAGCUUGUUACGUAUCGUUUCAUAAUGUAUCGUGUUAUAUUAUAUUGUAUUGUUUUGAUGAAUACAUCGUUUGGAUAGAUUGUAUCGUUUCUAGUCGUUACAUAAUGUUGCACAUCAGCCAUGAUCGA